AUGCGUACUGCCGAUUUUCUAGCGGCUUUUCUAAGCCAAUUUCUUGCAUGUAUUGUUAUUGCAGCGUCUGACUCUUUAUCACCAAAUCAAUGUUCUGACAUUGGUUUUGCAUCAAAUAAUUUAAUGUGCUCAAGUUGUAAUGAUUUAAAACAAUUUAAAUUGGGUGAAUUAGAAGGUUCAUGUCGACAAUGUUGUACACACGAUGAUGCUGAUCAAGAUGAAGGAGAAGGAAAAACAAAAUAUCAUCGAGCUGUACUUCAAGUAUGUGAUCGCCCAGCUCGAUUUCCAUCGUUCAGUGUCCAAUAUGUUCGUGGUGCCGAUCCAAUAUUAAAUCUAUUCAAUGAUCGCGAUGAACAAGUUGAAUCAAUGGGCAUUGAAAAAUGGGAUACGGAUACAUUAACAGCCUUCCUCGAAGAAAAUUUAUCUCAUUAA